AUGGAGGAAAAUAAAAACAGUAAUCUUGGAAAAGAAAAGCAAUCCGGAUCAGUGGAGGGAGAGAAUAAUCAUCAUCAAUCAAAGACUAAUCCCGUUUCCAUUGAUGGAAAGCUACUAGUGAAGCUGAAAUUUCCGAAAGGCGCCGAAGAAACUGAAGAGGGGCUGAGUGCUCAUGUUCAGGCUAGAGAGAACCUCAAGAAGCUAAAAUUCUAUAAGUCCAUCAAGUUUAAGAGAGAUGGAUCUAGUUCAGAUGCUGCUGCAAGAGAAACUAUUUGCGCAAUCUGUGGAAAAGAUUUUCCAUCAAGGAAGUCUUUGUUUGGACAUAUGAGAUGCCAUCCUGAUAGGGAGUGGAGGGGCAUGGAGCCUCCUAAAGAACAAGGAAAGAUCCCUCAUGACCAUCCUCAAUGUUUUUCUAAUCUUGAUGAUGAUGAGGAGGAGGAGGAGGAGGAAGAAGACGAGUCCUUGGACACUGAUAAUCACGCUGAUUAUCAUGUUGAUGCGGUGGCUGAUAACGUAGCUAUUUCCACAGUUGCAGAAGUGGUUGAUUUAACCAGGUCUAUGAGCAGCUGGUCGGUGAAGGGCAAGCGAGGCGGUGAAUGCCCUAGAGUUCUUCUGGAUACUUAUUCUGAGGAAGAAGAGCAGAAGAUACUUGAUGCUGUAGAUCAGCUCAUAAGCCUAGCUCAUAAGCAGAUCAUACACGAUGGUUCCUCGACCAGGAGAGGUCAAAUCAAGGAGGCUAGGAAUGGUGCUUCUGGCUUGAAGAAGAAAAGGGUUGAUGAUCAAGUCCAUCCAGCUAGAGUUAGAAGGGAUUAUCCUGUGAAGAAACGACAAUUUAGUGAAAUAGCCACAGAUUCUGAAGAAACCCUCGAUGGACUAUUGGACAAAGGUAAAAGAAAAGAUCCAAUGAAGCCUGAAUCGGGUAUUGAAAUAUCAUCAAGUAGUCAAUCCAGGCAAACUGUAAUAGGGAAAUGUGGGGGUCAAGAACAAGAGAAGGGGGCCAAAGACAACACCCAAGAAUUCAGAAACAGAAGGGGAACUUACCCUCUAAAUCAGAAGCUGGAUGGUGAGGAGAGUACCCCAGAAAAAUUUAGGUGCAGCACUUGUGACAAGACUUUCUCGUCUCACCAAGCUCUUGGGGGUCAUAGGUCAAGUCACAACAAGUUCAAGGCAACGGUUCAGAACACUGCUAAUGGAUCUUCUCCGUUUCCUUCUGGACACGGAAAUCGUGCUAAACCUGUCUCCCAAACUGCUGCUGAAAAUGAUGAAAUUAAACGGGUAGAUGCUUCAAAGUUUGCAGAAAAUAUUCAUGAAUGCACACUCUGCAAGAAAACUUUCCCUUCCGGUCAAGCACUUGGGGGUCACAAGAGGUGCCAUUGGCAAGGUUUAUCAAGCCAAGUUGCUUCUCCAGAAGCAGAAGAACCUCGCCCAUUGGUCAGAAAAGGUUUGCAAUUUGAUCUGAAUGAGCCAGCAGAAGAAGAAGAUGCAAAUGCAAGUGACUUGGGAAAUUCUAGUGGAUAUGCUUCUUGCUCCUAA